UAUUGUCAGUGCAUUUGCGACAGUUUGUAAGUUUGGUUAGCCAGUGAAAAUAAACAAAAUUUCUUGAAAAUGUUAAAGUUUAGUUCUUUGAGGCAUUUCAGUAGAAAUUCCUUAAAUGUUAGAACGAUAACAAUACUUCGAAAUAGAAAUGGGAAACCCUUCAACGAAACGAUUUGUUCGGCCACCAAAAUAGAUUUCAUCAAUCCAAAUUCACCAGUGCUGUUUCAUGAAAUCACUAAGACAAAUUUUAAGGAUUACAAAUUUCCCAUAAUUAAAAUUAGUUACGAUCAAAAUGAUGUCGUUGAACAUGCAAUAUCUGUCGGCGUUGAACCUGGCGAGAAGUACAGUGAUUUGUAUUUAAACAAGUGGAACACGCAGCUUCAAGUUCUACCAACCUUCAUAUUCCCAUUUACGAAUAAAAUUUUCUUGGACAUGAGCCUGACAAAUCAAUCGGGCAUAUUGCUAUUCGACCAGACUGUUCAUGGAGAACAUUACGUUGAACAAAUCCGGCGUUUACCGCCAAAAGGAGACAUUCAUUUGGAAAUUAAAACAUUAGACGUACUAGACAAGGGCAAAGGAACAUUGUAUAUUUUAAGCAUGAACGGCUUUGACAACAAUGGCGAAGCGUACUUUAAAACGGAAUAUCAAAUGUUUGAAAUUGGAACGGGCGGAUUCAAUGGGAAUAAAUCGAAUCCAUCCUUGACGCGAACGGCCGAACCGGAUGCGAACUCUGCACCGGAUUCCACACUACAAUUUUCGGCGAUUGUCCCUGAGGGUGGAUAUAAGGCCAAACUAUCGGAUUCUGACCUUACCACCAUUAGCAUCUACUCACCGCUCCAUCCACGUCAGCAUUACUCAGACCAAUAUGAUUUUAUGCCAUGUCCAUUGGCACAUGGCCGGUACACCUUUGGUAAGGUUAUCAAAAUGAUUCUGUUCAAAUAUGGUCAUGGUCACGCAGAAAGAUUCAAAGCAGCAAAGGUGCGAUUCGCCGAGCCUGUGUAUCUGGGCGAAAAUGUUCAAAUCACUACGUGGAAAACGGAUUCAAGAAUACUAUUUCGAGGGAAUGUCCAUAGGGAUGGAAAAUCGGCAAAAGUUCUAACCGGAGGUUACAUCGACUUGGAAUCCUAGGCUGAACAAACUUUAAAUCAAAGUGCAU